AUGGCAGCACCCCCGCCAGAGAGCUCUCACACCCCACCUGGCACUCCCUUGAUCGAGUCGACACGUCUGCACGGUGACUCCAUGGAGGAUCUGGAUCUGCAGGCGACUCGGAAACGUCCGCGUCUCGACAGUGGAAGUCGCGUGGUUGAGACCUUGUCGCUUGACGGUGCUCUCGCGACACCCGCUCCUGCCUCCGACAUGGACCUGACCCCCGACCCUGCUCGCUCGGCCAGCAAAGUCACCAUCAACAUGAAAUCCCCUGCCUCUGAGUUGGCUUCUGCCCAGCUGGAUGGCCCGGCUGACCACACAGAUCCCUCUCCCAAGUCGCAAUCCGCUGCCCGCGACGACGCGACCCCCGCCAACGUUGUAUCCAUUUCCUCCUCACCCGCGCAGAGCCCCGAGAUUGAAGUUGCUGAGUUGGAGGAUAUGGAUCAAGAUCCCAACAUGUCCAACUGGCGGCCGCUGGAGGAGGCGUUGCGGGACAACACUGCGUCUGAGGUCGUCGAGGUCCAGGACCUUGUCCCUCUGAUUGACUCCUUCCCCAAGGUGUGUGAUGGCCAGGCUGCGCGAGAGAGCUUGGAGCAGAUUUGCCUCAUGCUUGAAAAAGGUAAGCGACCGAUCGCUUCGCCCUCGACAAGCCCGGCCUCGAUCCUGACUUGCCCUGCUGCUACAGGAGAUGUAAAUGAUGCUAUCGCGCUGGUUGCGAUGAAACGAUGGAUGGACGGUUGUGUGCGCGACCUGAAUCGAUUGACGCCGGCCGUGUUUGCGGAGGACCGCGACUUCUGGGAACUUAUACCGCUUAUCAUAGAAUCUCUGCUGCGCAGAGGACACGAAAUUCACCCAAAUCAUGGGCAAGGGCUCUGGACUUUCCUCGAAGAGUUCUUCCUCAAUUAUGCUCGGAUCACCAUCCAUCUGGUUCGCCAGGAUACCUUGGCCUUGAAGCGCUGGGCAGAUGAGACAGACCUUCAGGUGCCCGAAAGCAUGUCACGGCGCUACUUGCAACCUCUGUCUUGGUCACUACAGUUUCACGCCAUUCCUUUCUUCCGUGCCUUAGACAAGCUUUACGACGGAGAGAUGCCUGACCUUGUGCUUCGACUCAAAACCCUGGUUGCAGCACCUCCAAUUGAUCUAGUCGACGGCAUAGCGGAAUAUGCAUUUCAGAUCAUAUACCUGACUCCCAAGUGCCAACACCUGGCUACCGUGGUGCCACUGAUUGUAUGCGUCUCAAACAGCUUGACCGAGUACAUGCUGGAACGAAGACAGAGCAUGGAAGCAGGUGUGAUCGUCGACUCUCCGGCUCAGUCGAGGAACACGCAAACACUUUACGAGAUGAUGCGAUCUAUCGAUGAAAAAUACCAAGAAUCAGUCACGAAAAAGUUCCCCUGGGCCUCCAGCGACAUGAGUGAGCAGAUGCUGCGUCUCAUUAGUCGUGGCUACAGUCUCUUCUGCAAUCGCGACCCCGACUUCAUUCACCAACUCUCGAAGGAUUUAUCUAUAGAGUUGUCGGAAGGAGCAACUUCGGAGAAAAACACCAGCGUCAUUUUAUGGGCCUGGAAAUUCGGGGUUUUGAAGAAGCAUAUCAUGGAUGGCCGCAUGGAGCUUCGGGUCUUCGGCGUGGAGACGAUGCAGUCAGACCUGGUUAGUAUCUGGCAGCAGAGCAUCUCCAACAACCCCGACGGAUUGGCAUUUCCGUUCGUUCAAUACCUUGUCAGGUUUCUGCGAGACAAUAAAAUCGUGGACUAUCUUGUGGGUGUCGACUCCCAUCCACAACUGAUCAGCCGCAGCAGCAAUAUCGUUGGCUUCUUGGUCGUGACGUCGGCGUACAACGAUCUCGACACAGACACCAUCUGGAAAACAGUGACGGAAAGUCAAGACAGCCGAACCGUUUCCGAGGUUUUGAUAAUGCUGAUGCGCACAUUCCCUAUGCAUUCGUCUGGGUCCCCGGCCUUGCUCUACGUGUGUACCAAAUUGCUUGAGCUGCCGUUGGAUCGCUUCGAUGCACGCAUGAUAGAGGUUUGCGAACUCCUUUUGCCUCGAAUGCGUGAAAGGCCUGUCUCAGGAGGGGUUUACGACCUAUCAGAAGUGAACCAUGUUGAUCCCAUUCCGCUACGUCUUUGCGUACGUCUCAUUCGGGAAAGCACUGCAGCCGAGGAUUUGUCGGUAGAGCACAAAACCCAGUUACAACGUUUCGGCAGCGCGCAGCUUGGCCAGUUCAUCAAAGCGGGCUUGAGUGAGAUGGACAAAAUGGAGAUGUACGAGCGUUGCAUCCAGGAUAUUGCCGAGAUGAAUCAGUUCACUGCAGGCAGUAUUCAGGCUUUGAACGCCCUGGUGCCCUCAUCUGAAUCACAAGAAAUUUGGAAGCUGGCCACGGACUUCGAUCUAACUCGAUUAGUGAUCCAGGAGCUACGCCAUACCGUGGGCGAAGGCCACAUCGACUUUUCUGAUCCUUUCUCACGGCACGGCUUCAUUUCGCGGGUGCAGAUUGUGUACCGUCUCAUUGACAUGGCCCCUGACACCAUCACGCCGGAACUCAGCAGCAUAAUGUGGAACGAGGUUCUCAUGUCGAAAAAGCUGGGAAACGAGAUCCGCAAGGUUGUGUGGGAUAUGAUGGUCAAUGUCACGAGUCGCAGUGGAAAGCACAACUCGUUUCUUGAGCGAUGUAUUCGGGAGUAUUUGCCCGGGCUUCUCCCUCAGGAUUUCUCCCAUGAAGUGUUGUUGUUCGCGAAACAGUCGAUCAACUACGAGGUCCGUCUCAACCCCCCGCCCAUGGCUGGGGAGGAAGAAGUGGUGUCUAUUCCCGGAAUAGAGCGGAUCUGGACGUUCAUCUUGACGGCUCCCCCGGGUACUAUUGAGACCGAGGCAACCAAAUUUGCUAUCGAUCUGUAUCUGGACCACCAGAUCAUUCGCAGGUCCCCUCGAUCGGCGGUGGAAGCCACUCAUAUGGCCAUCGUCAACCGUUGUGUGGAUCAGCUUAAGUCGGCUGCCACGAAAUUGAAGUCACCAAACACCGCAUCGGCCAAUGGCGAUGUUCCUAUGGAAAUCGACAGCUCAAAUGGUGACUUGGAAGCUGACGAGCUCAGCUUUAGCCGGUCCCUCUUGUUCCUCCGCCAACUGCUUCAUGGGUUGCGCACUCGCCCACAAUACAGCCCACCACAGAGCUCGCCCUCCAAUCUGCCUGAUCCUCCAUUGUCUGGUCAACCCAUAGUUAUUUCCUACCAAUGGUUCAGCGGCAAUUCCAGCUCCGCAGUUUGCUCAUUACGCAUCGGCGAUCUUUCCACGGCUGCCGAUCUUGUGGAAAGACUGACUCUGCUCACAGGGUUUUCUAAAUUCACUACCAUUACUGGUGGACAAAGGAUCGAGCUUCUAGAAAGCCCAAAGACCCUCCUCAAGGAUUUGAAGCUUCAUCCUGGACUUCUCAUGAUUCGCAAAUCCCCAGAUGCGCAGGAGGUGGAUCGGAGUGGAAAACGACAAUCCUUUUCUUCGGUUGACUUCGAGGUGCUCAAGCAUUUCGAUGAGCUGUAUGAGCUUCUCGGCCUCAAAGAUGACCUGGCUCGCGAGAUCUUCGACUUUCUCCUCGUGUUUCCGCCGCAAGACCGGGCCCUGGAAUUGGUUAGGUCUGAAGAGAAAAACGAAAAGGACUUGUUUCCCUUGCAACAACCUUUCAUUGCAUUGUAUUCUCUGAGCACCCUAUCCUCUUGUCUUCGUGAAGAAGCCGUCGAGUUGUCACCAAAACAGUCCUUCGUGUCGCAUAGCAUUCAGGCGCUGGCGGCUUUCCUGACUGCCAACGAACUGUUUGAGUCGCUCGCAGAAAGUCCGAUCAAGUUUCACCUCGCUACGCAUGCCGUGGAAUGCCUUCUUGUUGCCCUUCCUAUCUAUCGUCCGACCGAUGAUGGAUCCAUUCCCAUUCACGACCCCCAGUCCUUGGUUCAACGACUUCUCAGUCUCAUCGAAACCGGCCGACAUGUACCCGCUGUCUCUUUGCCCAGUCCAAGGAUUCAAAAAUUGAUCUGCCACUCGUUCGCGGUCUUGAUCGAAGGGUCAUUGUGCGAUCACAAGUUCUGGAACAUUGUCAAACGACAAGCUCAGUUCGACCAAUUGAUCCUGUCUCUCCUUUUGGAUGAAGACAGACAACAAAUCCGGCAUAGCAUCGCAGAGCGAAUCAAGAUCACUUGCAGUCCUUCAAAACUUUUCAAGCAGUCAACAAAGACUAGCAACGAGGAAGCACAAGCGUUAUCACCUGCCGAAAGCCCUGGCCGAAUCGACAUGCUGGCUACCAUCUGGAAUUCAUUUGUCCAGGUCAUCCCCAAGACUUUGCAAUAUGCCCGUCAGUCAGCAGAAUUUUUCACUGUUGCUCUCUGGGUGUUCCGCUCUGUUGCAGAGAAAUCGCCAAGUGAUUUGAUACUCGGCGACUACCUCGCAGAAUGGAGUCAAGUCAUGCUGAGCCAUUGUACAGAAGAGUUCGUUGGGAGGGAACAGGUCGAUUACCUGAUUCUGGGAUUUGCUGAUUUGCUGGAAGUGUGCCUUGAUCUGGCUGACACUGCCAAAAUCACCCUGGACACGUUUGAUCUUGCAGAGCAGAUCUUGAACAAUUACCUUCUGCCGGAGUUGUCGACGGAAUCGGACGAUCGCAUCGUCACGCAAAUCCCAGUCUUGCAUACUUGGUCUCGCCAGAAACUCUACAAUAUAGUCAAUUUGCUAUGCAAGCAAAGGGAUGAAAAUUACGAGCAUGUUCUAGUGCAAUUAGAGGAUGCUAUUCCACGAGAUUAUAUCUCGAGUUGGUGCGUUGAUCGAACAAAGAUGCUUCGAGCGCCUGAGGGCUAUGCCGGCCUCAAGAACCUUUCCAACACCUGCUACCUGAACUCCUUGAUGACACAGCUUUUCAUGAACAUCGAAUUCCGGGAGUUCAUAUUAAAAAUGCAUCUCACUGACUCUGAUUCAUCGCAAAUGCUUCUCAAUCAAACCCAAAAACUGUUUGCAUGGAUGCAAGAGACAUGGAGGAAGAGUGUUGACCCGCAAGAAUUCGUGGACAGCAUUCUCACUUACGACAACGAGGCGAUCGAUGUCACUAUUCAGAUGGAUGUUGAUGAAUUCUACAAUCUUCUUUUUGACCGCUGGGAGGCGCAAAUCACGGACCCAGAAGAAAAGAAGAAGUUCCGACUUUUCUAUGGCGGUCAGCUGGUGCAGCAAAUCAAGUCCAAAGAGUGUGAUCAUAUUUCGGAACGUUUGGAACCUUUCUCUGCGAUUCAAUGUGAGAUCAAGGGCAAGGCCAGCCUCGAAGAGAGUCUGCAGGCAUAUGUCGAAGGCGAAAUCAUGCAGGGAGACAACAAGUAUUCAUGCACUUCUUGUGGACGCCAUGUCGAUGCUGUCAAACGGGCCUGUUUAAAGGAUGUCCCUAACAACCUCAUCUUCCAUUUGAAACGGUUCGAUUUUGAUAUGGUUACUAUGAUGAGAAGCAAGAUCAACGACGAAUUCCAGUUCCCUGAACGAAUCGAUAUGACUCCCUUCAAGGUGGAUUAUCUUUCCGAGUCCAAUGCGUGUGUUGCACCGGAUGUCUUCGAAUUGGUUGGCGUUUUGGUUCAUACCGGCACCGCCGAAUCAGGCCACUACUACUCGUACACUCGAGAACGAUCCCCAACUGAUGCGUCGGCUUCGUGGGUGGAGUUCAACGACUCGGAUGUCACCCGCUUUGACCCAUCGACAAUCGCAGAUCAUUGCUUUGGCGGCCAGGGUGAAUCGAUUCCCUCCAUGGGCGGUGCUCAUCUCAAUAAAGUUUGGAACGCCUACAUGUUGUUCUACCAGCGUGUUCCCACAGGGGAGGACUCGGCAGUGCUACAAAAGCAAGAAAUGCCCAAACUCCCGGUUCGUGUCCCGAUUCCAACUACGAUUGCCAAUCACAUCUCCAUGGAGAACGAGAUCCUUAUUCGGAGCUAUUGUCUCUUGGACCCAUACUAUGCAUUUUUUGUGCAGCGGCUCCUCCGUCGUCUAAAUGAAACACAUCCAGAGUACCCGAACAGACUCCGGAUUGGCAGGCUAGCCAUCGACGUGGGGCUGGAUACACUCGAACAGCUGGUUUCUCGAUCCAAGGACUACCGGGGUUUGGAUGGUAUCUUCACCGAACUCUUCCAAAUGCUCCCGAUGCCAGAUGCAGCCCUUCGAGUGCUUGAGUGGGUUUGUACUCGACAAACUUCGCUUCAAAACCUCAUCUUGAAGAUUUUGAACCCAGAUGUUCGACACAAAGAAACCAUGAUCAUUAUGGGCGCUGUCAAAAGGAUCCACGCAGGUAUGAAUGACAGUGAUAUCGAUGAGAGUCAACGCAACGUAUGGCGGGAAAAAUUCGACAAAGCUAUUGAACAGAUUGUUGCCAUGUUAGAGGUCAUUUGGCCCUCUGUCCAGGCUUUACCGCGCGUGUGGGAUGAUUACUUCGACUUCUUCAUCAGGCUCGCAGAAUUUGGACCACGGGUUAUCGAGGCGAUGCUGGACAAUGAGGUAUUUGUCAAAUGCCUGGAAAUCAUCUGGCUCGAUGUUGAGGACCGGAAGAGGCUCAGACAGUACUAUGUCGCCUACCGUCGACUGAGAGAAAAGGGCCGUCGCUUCUCCUACCGAAAAAUGGCGGCAUUGUGUUUGUUGUUUUUCAAAAACAUCGAUCUCUCCCUUCCUCCCACCGCAGCCGAGGACGGGCGAACCUGCUCGGGAGGGCGAUUCUCGCUUAGUGUGAGAGAAAGCAGCCUCAUCAAUCCGCUCGAAGAGGAUGGAUCGCUGUUGUUCCUCACGAAACUGCUCCAGCACGAAAGCAUUGCUGACUCGCCGGCUUGUCUGAGCAUAUUCAUCACUUUCCUCGAAGCAGAGCCCCAGGCAGGCUUCCUGGGGCCGAUUUGCAAGAUGCUCGAGGGUGGCUUGAGGAUUUCUCCUGCUGCGCACUGUGCCCCGUUCCUCGAUGCAACUCUGGUCUUUUGCAAGCAUUGCCCAGACAAGGAGCGAAUUCUAUGCAUGAUUGACUUCGUUGGUAAGGGAUUGGAUACCAUCGAAAACAGUGGAGGUUCAGAGCACCUGCAAUUCUUUACACGCCUCCGCCAGGUGUCCAACGAUCGAUUGGACAUCGGCCCCAAAGAGUUUACCAUGAUUGUGACAGACAAAAUUCCGGACUGGGUGCCAGUAUUGCUCAUUUACCCUGACCGAAAUGUGCGCCUUUCUGCCGUUGAAGCGCUUCGCACCCUCCUCUUCCACGGCGAGAGCGACACUGAGGAAGAUCAACCCCGACAUGCCACCAUUGCUCGUGCUCUACUGCAGGCCUGCGUCGAACGAGUCAAGAAGUCGUUCCUCAACGACCAAAUCCGGACCGUCGAAUCCAGAUUAGUCGAGGCGAUCAGCUCAGUCAUGACCCAUUGCUUGGAAGUGUACUUCAACGAUAGUGAAGAGGAUCAGCAGAUCCUCAAAGAGGCCAAUGCGGUCCUUGUCUUCCUCGAGCGAGUGACAGUCGACGUCCCUGACGAUCUGGCCUCAGAGUCUGACCCGCCUUCCGCGGAAGAAUGGGAUGCCAAUUCUGCGCUGGCCAGCGAUUCCGAGAUGGGACUCGCCGGCUCCCCCUAA